CCCCGCGGCGGCAGGUGGGAGCUUGGCUGUUGAUAUCAACAUGGCGCCUGUCAGAGAGACAAAGACAGGCAGCCUGGUCUGACUGAGCCCAAAGGAGGGCAGAGCAGGGCAGGAAGGGGCUUCGGAGGCUGGGUUCCUUCGGGGUCUCCUCAGGAGGCCAGGCCUCGGAGAGGGACGCCUCGGGCCCCAGAGUUUGCCCUCCGUCGCCUUCUGGGAGAGACCUCUAUUUAAGACAAGGAGAAGUCUGUGCCUUUCGCCUUCGCCUUCAGCAGCCGCUGUUUUCCCCAACUGCUGCCCAAUGGCCCUCAAGGGAGAAAAGGCAGAGGCUCGUCUCGAGGAUGAUAAGUAAAAGUGAAGACCUCUCGGAGGCUUUCUGACUUCCUCUCCCCAUGUGAAGUAUGCUGAGAACCUUUCCAGUGGUUCUGCUGGAAACCAUGUUUCACUACACCGACGAGCCCAGAUUCACCAUAGAGCAGAUAGACCUGCUUCAACGCCUGCGGCGCACUGGGAUGACACGCCACGAGAUCCUCCAUGCCUUGGAGACCUUCGACCGCCUUGACCAGGAACACAGUGAUAAGUUUGGCCGGCGGUCCACCUAUGGGGGCGGGGGCGGAUCCUGCAGCAACAGCACCAACAAUGUCCCAGCGUCUUCCUCCACAGCCACAGCUUCCACACAGACCCAGCAGUCUGGGAUGUCCCCUUCACCUAGCAACAGUUACGACACCUCUCCACAGCCUUGCACAACCAAUCAGAAUGGGAGGGAGAGUAGUGAGCGGUUGUCAGCCUUCAACGGGAAGAUGUCGCCCACACGCUACCCGCUGGCAAACAGCAUGGCCCAGCGGUCAUACAGCUUUGAGGCCUCUGAGGAAGACCUGGAUGUCGAUGACAAAGUGGAGGAGUUGAUGAGGAGGGAUAGCAGCGUGAUAAAAGAGGAAAUCAAAGCCUUCUUGGCCAACCGGAGGAUUUCACAAGCCGUUGUUGCACAGGUAACAGGGAUCAGUCAGAGUCGGAUCUCCCACUGGUUGUUGCAACAGGGAUCGGACCUGAGCGAACAAAAGAAAAGGGCCUUUUACCGAUGGUACCAGCUUGAGAAGACAAACCCUGGGGCGACGUUAAGCAUGAGACCGGCCCCCAUCCCAGUAGAAGAACCAGAAUGGAGGCAGACACCUCCCCCAGUCACAGCUACCUCGGGGACCUUCCGCUUGCGGCGGGGCAGCCGGUUCACAUGGCGUAAGGAGUGUCUGGCUGUCAUGGAAAGCUACUUCAAUGAGAAUCAAUAUCCUGAUGAGGCCAAGAGGGAAGAAAUUGCAAAUGCCUGUAAUGCAGUGAUACAAAAGCCAGGGAAGAAGUUGUCAGACUUGGAGCGAGUAACCUCCCUCAAAGUGUACAACUGGUUUGCCAACAGGAGGAAGGAAAUCAAGAGGCGAGCCAAUAUUGAAGCAGCAAUCCUGGAGAGUCAUGGGAUAGAUGUACAAAGUCCUGGAGGCCAUUCCAACAGUGACGACGUAGACGGGAAUGACUAUUCAGAACAGGACACUUGGCAAGUACGCAAUGGGGAGGAGGAGGGACGAUGUACAGAGGGAGGCAGAGAAGCAGAGAAGUUAGAAGAAGACAGGAGGAUCUGCUCAAAACAAGAUGACAGCACUAGCCAUAGUGACCACCAAGACCCUAUCUCACUAGCCGUGGAGAUGGCAGCGGUCAACCAUACCAUCCUGGCACUGGCCCGGCAAGGAACUGGCGAGAUCAAAACAGAGGCCCUGGAUGACGACUGAUGAAGCGACGGAGGGGGAGGGCUCCGAACCGGAAAACAAACAAACAAAAAAGUAACUUAGUUUUAGACGUAGCACCUUAGCAGCCUUUUUUCCUGGUCCCUAAAUAUGUGUUCUUCUUAACAGUAUAACUGCAGUCUCUUGUACGUCAAGUUAGCUGUUUAGGGUCUUGUCCUGUGGAGAUGGCAUGGUGCCCUCUUGAGUCUGCGUAUAAACUCUCAGUAUUAACCUAACUCCCAGUCCAAUACGUAACCAAACUGACUGACCUCCUUCUCCUGGUGUCCGUCUCCUCCUUCCCCUCUCCUGGCUACUCAAAAACCUUUGCUGCUCUGUCUUAUAGUAUUCCAUGACUGUGCUUCCGGGUAUGCAAGGGAGCCCUCAAUUCCCUUAGCCUUAGGCUAAAUGUGUAUACAAAAUACCGCCAAUGCCGCCGCCACCACCACCACCAUCUUGGGUUUUCCUCUUCCAACUUUCUUUUCUUCCCUUCUUCUGAGACAUGAAAGAAAAACAAGUAGAGGUUGUGUGGUUCCAAGAGUAAUGGCUGCCAUCUUGGAAGUAUUUGGCUGAACAUGGAAAAAUAAUUGAGCCGUUGGCUGUGUCAGCAUCAGGUUGACGGUUACCAAUAAGCUGUGUUUUUCUCGGCUGUGACUUACUGUUAUUUUUGUCUUUCUUUGCUUUUGGUGCUGUGGCCAGAAUGUUCUGGCUGGUUGAGAAUAAGGGGAAAGUGCCUCCUGACUCAUUUUGGUUGGUGCUCGCUGCCCAGAUGCUCAACCUAGAGCCUUUCUGUUUUCUUUGCAAGUUGUGUGAAAUGAGACAUAUACUGUUUUCUUCCUGUUUUGAACAAGUAAGUCUUCUCUGUAAACCCAAAGUUCCCAUCCACAGAGGAGGGUGCUCACUGUGUCUCUUCAGAGUCCCAUGUAGGAUCAUGCCUCCUUUUGCUGGGACACCACUGAGGUGAGGGGUGGGGAAUGGGUGCUUCCAUAUUAGGCUAAUUGCAGAGAGUUUACAUGUAAUCCUAGCCACGUUUACUCAUAAAUAAGCCCCACUGAAUUCAGUAGGAUAUACUUCCAGCCAAGCGUGCAUCUCAACUUCAGCCCUACCAAAGGAUGCCUAGCAGAUAUUUGCCCUCAGUGAAGAUAUGUCUAGAGGAGCUUCCUCAUUCUGAAGUCAGGGGAGAAGCCUUCUUUGGGUGUUAGGAAGGAUGCUCUCACAUUCUUUCUAAACAUACGCAUUUCUUUGGGGUGGGAUGAAGUGGGAAUGCACUGGUCGUUCAAUCUCGGCAAUUAGAAGUUGGGAAGACUCUACCAGAAUCUUAGCUGCUUACGUCUCGCCUCCCCACUUCAAGAAACAUAAUGUCCUGAAAGAAAGUCCAAUAACCAUCUUCCAACAUUUCCCCACUGCCCAGUUCUUGGAAACAUGUAUGUGUUGUGCAACCCACCAAUCCUCAAGAUAUGCCCAUCUGAGGUUGCACCAACAGCUGCAUCUUUUCUGUGUAGCUAGUCCCCCCGCAAUGGAUUGUUCUCUCUUGUGGAAACAGGCUAUCCAGUCCUUUUGUAUCUGUUUUCAUUUUCCAUUCUGUUCAGGACCCAGAAAGUGGUCACGGGCCACGCAGGUUGUAAAUAAUCACUGGAAGCCAUAUUUAAGCAGGGGAUUGGACGUUACUAUGAGCCAGGGAGUCGUCAGCCUACGUUCUCUCAGUGUUCAUUUGCUCCCAUGAUGGAAGGCUGGCUAGUUACCUUUUUCCUUUCUUUUCCAAAAGACUUAUCCUUUUGUGUUAUUGUUGAUCCCCCCUCUUGCUGUUUGAUUGAAAAAACAUUAGCUAUUCAAAAACAUGGCAGUAUAUCACUGCUGGUAUGUGAAGCAAAUCUGUUUCUAAAUAGCAUAAGUAACUUACUUUUUUUUUGGUUGCUCUUGUUCAUAAUUCAGCACUUUGAUUACCUUCCCCUUUCCUUAAAUGAAUAAAUCUAUAUAUUUGUAUUUCAUAAUUUCUUGUUUUUUUACAAAAAAAUGAUUGGAUAAGUCCAAAUAAAAUGCUGUAAGCUCACAUUACAAAGUCAUCCCAUGAUAUAUCAUGGGCACAUUCCAUUGAGAAAAUCUCUAAUGAAAAGGCCUUGGGUAAAAUCAUCCACAAGGACCUUCCACUGCACAUGUUCUGUUCAAAUGAAGGGGCUUCAUGCAAGUGUGACACAUUUGCAUCACAGAUGUUCCUCACUGCUUGUCCUCUGUGUGGGAGUUUGCUCCCAGGUGUGGUCUUUUGCAGCUGGUCACUCAUAUCAGUAAAACUGACAGAAAAGUUAGUCAUUGUAUUGCAAACUUUGUCAUCCCUCAUUCCUGUUUUGAGCAGCAUGUGAACCUGUCAGUAAUGCCUGUUGUAAAUGAUGCUCAAAGUGAAUACAUGAGCUUCACCCCUUGAAUCCAGCAGGAGGCUGGAGCAUCCCACCCUCCAAAGUAUGGAUGCCAAAAUUGAUUGUGUUCCUCUGUUUAACAUGAUCUUACUCACUUCUUUUUGGUGUUGCAUAUUAAAAUCCGAGCUUGAAAGUGUUCCUUUUAGGGGGACUAAACACGCAGAACCCUCUAGCCAGCCAUGAAAACUAAGGAAUUCUGAAAAAGACCGCCUUGGGUCCCAUAUUGGGAGAAAAGCAGGAUAUCAAGCAAACAAGCUAUGUUAGUUUGGAAUAUCAGUAUGCAAAGGGAUGUUGUAGCACCUUUGAGACUGUGAAAAAAGUUG